AUGCAAGUCCAAAAAUUAGGAGACUCGGGUCUUAGUAUUUCAAAAAUUAUUGUCGGAUGUAUGUCAUUCGGCAAUAAAAAAUUUGGAGAAUGGGUAAUUGAUGACGAAGAGAAGGUAUUCUCGAUUUUAAAGAAGUGUUAUGAUAAUGGACUCAGAACGUUUGAUACUGCAGACGUCUAUUCAAAUGGGACUUCAGAAAUAUUGCUUGGAAAAUUUCUUAAGAAGUAUAAGAUUCCUAGGAACAAGGUAGUUAUUUUAACAAAGUGUUACUUUCCUAAUGAGAGUGAGAAUCCCGACUUUCACUACAGACUUGUCGCAAGUGCUCCAGCUUAUGAGUAUGCAAAUGGGCGAGGAUUAUCACGUAAGCACAUUUUUGAUGCAGUUCAGGCUUCGGUAGCAAGGUUAGGUACAUAUAUAGAUGUUCUUCAAAUUCACAGACUCGAUUCGGAGACACCCAAGCGUGAAAUUAUGAAGGCAUUGAAUGAUGUAGUUGAGCAGGGUUUGGCUAGAUAUCUCGGUGCUUCGUCAAUGAAAGCUACUGAAUUUGCUCAAUUGCAAUUCGUUGCUGACAAGAAUGGAUGGUUCAAGUUCAUCAGUAUGCAAAAUUAUUAUAACUUGACGUACAGAGAAGAAGAGAAUGAGAUGAUUCCAUUCUGUAAUGAUUCUGAGUUCGGUAAAGUAGGAUUAAUUCCGUAUUCGCCUCUUGCUAGAGGUGUUUUGACUAGACCUGUAGGUAAAGAGUCUGAAUUCAAUAGAACUGCGAAUACUGAUGCUCUGCAAAAGUUGUAUAAAGUUGAUGAGUUGAGUGAAGCUGAUACAGAAAUAAUCAAUAGAGUAGAAGAGCUAGCAAAGAAGUACGCUGUAUCAAUGGCUACUAUUGGAACGGCCUGGGUUUUGAGUAAGGGAGCAUGUCCCAUUGUUGGUAUUAACAGCGAAAAGAGGGUUGACGAUUACCUAGCGGCUGUAGAGUUCAAAUUGAGCGAAGAAGACAAUAAAUAUUUAGAGGAACCAUACGUUACCAAGCAGCAGCAUUUAUUUCUUAAAUAG